UUCUUUCUUGUUUGCUGUCCCUAUGGAGCAGCUAUACCCUGACUUCGACCAUGCCUAGAAAAAUGGGGAAUGGGCAAUUGCCCUUACCCGACGGCUGGGAGGAGGCGAGGGAUUACGAUGGGAAAGUCUUCUACAUCGACCACAACACCAAACAGACCAGCUGGAUCGACCCUAGAGACAGGUUAACAAAGCCAUUAUCCUUUGCAGACUGUGUCGGAGAUGAGCUACCAUGGGGAUGGGAAGCUGCAUACGAUCGUCAGAUUGGUGUCUACUAUAUUGACCACAUAAACCAAACUACACAGAUAGAAGAUCCAAGAAAACAGUGGCGACAAGAACAAGAAAAAAUGUUAAAAGAUUAUCUUACUGUAGCUCAAGAUGCACUUAGCACUAAGAAAGAACUUUUCCAUGUGAAAGAGCAGAGGCUGGCUCUUGCCUUGGGUGAAUAUGUACGGCUGAAUGAUGUUUACAAGGAAAAAUCAAGCUCUUAUACAAGUCUUUUCUCAAGCUCCUCUUCCAGCACAAAGUAUGAUCCUGAUAUUCUGAAAGCAGAAAUCUCCACUACAAGAUUAAGGGUUAAAAAACUGAAGAGGGAACUCUUGCAGAUGAAGCAAGAAUUAUUAUAUAAGGAGCAAGGCUAUGAAACAUUGCAACAAAUUGACCAAAAAAUGUCUGGAGGCCAGAAUGGAUAUGAGUUAAGUGAAGCCAAAGCUAUUAUGAAUGAAUUGAAGUCAAUCCAAAAAGCUAUAAGCUCUGGUGAAAAAGAAAAGCAAGAUUUAAUGAAGAGCCUUGUAAAGUUGAGAGAAAGAUUCCUUCUUGGUCAAAACGUUGCCCAAUCAGAAUCAGACUUGAGGUGCAGCCUGGCACACUCCCAACAGUCUCUCUCCAAGCAAACUUUGGAUGCAGGGUCUCAGACAGACAUUUCUGGUGAUGUCAGUGUCAAGAACAUGGCCAAUUUAGCUGAAAAGGUCAGAUUGAGUCUUCAGUAUGAAGAAGCCAAAAGAAGAAUGGCAAACUUAAAAAUAGAACUUUCUAAGUUAAAAAGUGAAGCUUGGCCUGGGGCACUGGAAAUUGAGAAGGAAAAAUUGAUGCUGAUAAAUGAAAAGGAAGAACUUCUGAAAGAGCUUCAAUUUGUCACCUCAUGUAAACGCACGCAAGAUGAAUUGAAGCAUUUAGAAGCAGAAAGGAAGAGACUGGAAGAGGAGCUAUCAAUGAAAAGCACACCUAGUGAUGAACUUACAGAGAGGUUGAAAUUAGAAGAUAGAAAAAAUAAAUUGGUUAAAAAACUUGAAGAAACUAGUCAAUUAACCACCCAUUUACAUUCCCAGCUUAAAAGCCUCUCUGCCAGUACAUUAUCUGUGUCUUCAGGGAGCAGCUUGGGAUCUUUAGCAUCUAGUCGAGGGUCCUUGAAUACAUCUAGUAGGGGGUCGCUGAAUUCUCUUAACUCUACAGACCUCUACUACAACCAAGGUGAUCAACCUGUAGAUUUAGACUAUCAAUAUAAAUUGGACUUCGUAUUACAAGAGAAAUGUGGUUAUAUUCCUUCUGGCCCUAUUACCACCAUUCAUGAAAAUGAAGUGGUCAGCUCCCAUGAGAAAAUGGGAUAUAGUGACUCUUCCAGUUCUUUGACAGCAAGUCAUGCACCCAAAAUAACUGAGCCUCCUAAAUCUGUCACAUCAUUCUCUUCAAGAUCUUCCCUUUCAUCAUUAUCUCCUCCUGAAUCACCUUUGGUUUUAGAAGGUGGCUUUUCAGUCCCUCCUCAAGAUUCUCCAUUACAUCAUUUCACCACGGACUUUGAGGACUGCAAUUUACCCAGUGACUUUACAGGCAUUACUACCUGUGAGAAUCAAAUUUUGCUGGAUUCUGAAACUAGAAUAUCUUCUCAAUCAGUUAAUGAUAAAUAUCGCAAUGAAAGUAUUUCACAGAGCAUAUCACAUUCAAGAAAUACAGGUGUUGACUUUUCAAGAAGAACAAGAACGCAUUUGCUUGAUGAGAAGACAGGCUGUGUAUCUGCUGCUGUAUCUGAUGAGUCUGUGGCUGGAGACAGUGGUGUAUAUGAAGCUUCUGUACAACAACCCAAUAACAAUGAAGAAGUCGCAUAUACUGAAAAUGAUACCACGAUGCUGGAAACUGCCCAAGUACAAAUAGGGCUCCGAUAUGAUACAAAGAGCUCAAGUUUUGUGAUCGUUAUAAUGCAGUUACAAAAUCUUCAAGCUCUUUCAAUAUACCCUGGUAAUAAAAUAUAUUUUAGACUUGCACUUCUUCCACCUUCAACUGACAUCAGCUGUCUAUUCCGUACAAAGUUCCAUCCUGCUACUGAACCUCUUUUAUUUAGUGAAAUGUUCAGAACAGUUAUUUCCCAGGCAGCCUUGCAGAAAAAAACUUUGAGGGUAGAUAUCUGCUCUGUCAGUAAAAGUCACCAAGAAGAAUGUCUAGGUGGAAUCCAGAUAAGUCUGGGAGAUGUGUCCUUUUCAAAUGAGAUAUCUACUCUGUGGUAUAAUUUACUAUCUUCUAAGCAGACUGUUGGAAAAAGGAAUACAAAGCCAAAGAAGUAUUCUGUCUUUGUGGCAGCCAAUCCAACACCUGUUUCCUUGGAUGCGGUCUCAGCAUUGUUGGAAAGGACAUCAGCUGAGCUGCAAGCUGUAGAACAAAAAUUGGCAGAGAAGGAAGAGGAAGGGGAGGAGGAGGAGGAAGAUGAGGAAGCACAGGAUACACAGGAAACACAAAGUUCGGAGGAAGACUGGAUAGGAAUACUGGCAGAAGUAUCGAGAGAAAUGAAUGAAGAGAACAAAAUUAAAGAGACAGAAGAAGACAAAUGCACAGAUAGCAAGAGAAUGAGCUUUAAUUUGGAACAGGCAGGUAGUACUGAUCAUGAGAAAGACACCAACCUUACAGAAGUAGAUCUCAACGAAGAAAUAAUGUCCCCAAUACUGGUUGAUAGAGAAACAAAUACAGAAGAUAGGAUUGAGUGUGUAGCUAUACGACCCAAGGACAAAGCCAGCCUCAAGACUCAACAGCAUCCCUUUGUCAGAAACAGCAUGAUAGUACGUUCGCAGACAUUCUCUCCAGGCGAGCGGAACCAGUACAUCUGUAGGUUGAAUAGAAGCGAUAGCGAUAGCUCAACAUUGGCCAAAAGAACUCUCUUUGUGAGAAAUUCCACAGAACGGCGGAGCUUGAGAGUCAAAAGGCCUACUUGCCAGUCCAACUUACAGAGAGCAAUGCGACAGCGCCUGGUCCGUACUUCUCUUGACUUAGAGUUAGAUCUUCAGGCAUCCCGGACCCGACAGAGUCGCCUGAAUGAUGAACUACGGACACUUCGUGCUCUUAGGCAGAAGUUAGAAGAGAUGAAAGCAUCAGAGCAGACGGACCUCCCUCCAUGUAUUUUGGAGGAUGAAAGAUUCCAAAAGCUUUUGAAGCAAGCUGAAAAAGAGGCUGAACAGUCAAAGGACAAAAAGAAACAGGGAUUAAAUGCAGAAAAAAUGAUGAGGAAAGCUUCAAAAGACGUUUGUCGACUACGAGAGCAAAGCCAGAAAGUGCCACUACAGGUGCAGUCUUUCAGGGAGAAGAUGGCAUACUUCACAAGAGCGAAAAUAAGCAUACCAGCUCUACCAGCUGAUGAUGUCUAGCAAUAUUUUGCAUCACAAGGUGUUUUUCAUUUUUUUAAGUGAAUGCUUUUAUAUUAUUGUUCUACAAUCUUUUAAAGACAUCUUUUUGAAUUCAAUGUAGAUAUUGUUUAUAAAAUAUAAUACACCACGCUCUAAUGUAACAUUUCAGACGUGCAAACUGUUCCCUCUGUCUUUUCUCUAGAAAUGUAAAGCAAAAUGUGUUUGAUACACCAAUGAGGCUAAUUUUGUACAGUUUGUAUAUGUAAGAACAAAGGAAAUCUUAUUAUGUAUAUCCUAUUGAACUGCACUGCUGCUCUAUAUCAUGCAAUAUGUUCAAUAUGUUUCAUUUUCCCUGCUUAUU